AUGGCUGGGCCUGUGGCAUCCGGCGGUCGGGCUGUGCUGCUGCGGCCGCUGCGGAGCUGGGCUUUCCGGGCGCUGCGCCGCGAUGGGCCCGGGAGCCCCGCUUCCUGCCCAGAGUCGCGAGGGGCGCAGCGUUGGGCCUGGCCUCGGGAUAAAGAUAGAGAAAAUGAAAAAGAGAAAAAAUCAGUGAUCUGUGUUGAGGGCAAUAUUGCCAGUGGAAAGACAACAUGCCUGGAGUUCUUCUCCAACUCAACAGACAUCGAGGUGUUAACAGAGCCUGUACCCAAGUGGAGAAAUGUCCGAGGCCAUAAUCCUCUGGGUCUGAUGUACCAGGAUGCCUGUCGAUGGGGCCUCACGCUGCAGACGUACGUGCAGCUCACCAUGCUCGACCAGCACACUUGUCCGCAGACGUUGCCUGUACGGUUGAUGGAGCGGUCAAUUCACAGUGCAAGAUAUGUUUUUGUAGAAAACUUAUACAGAAGCGGGAAAAUGCCCGAAGUGGACUACGCGGUCCUGUCGGAAUGGUUUGACUGGAUUGUGAGGAACAUCGACGUAUCCGUUGACUUGAUAGUUUAUCUCCGGACCACUCCUGAGACCUGUUACCAGAGGCUGAAGAUGAGAUGCAGGGAAGAGGAGAAGGUCAUCCCAUUGGAGUACCUGGAUGCUAUUCACCACCUAUACGAGGAGUGGCUCAUCAAAGGGAGCCUUUUCCCAGUGGCAGCCCCCGUUCUGGUGAUCGAGGCUGACCACAACAUGCAGAAAAUGUUAGAGCUCUUUGAACAAAACCGGCACCGAAUCCUAACUCAGGGGAAUCGGAAGCGUGGUCCAUAG